AUUAUGGCUCGAGCCUCUUUUGCCGAAAUAGAAAGCGCCGACAACGAUCACACUUGCCAUCUCUGGAUGGGGCAAGUAGAGCAGGACAGCGGGCGGGUGGGUUGGCGGCGGCUGGGCCAGUGGCGGCGGCGGCGAAUGGCGCGUGGGCGGCGGCGGAAGCGGAUGGACCGGCAGAGGCAACCGCAAGCGCUAUGCAGAGAGGGAGCCGGACGCUUCCAAAGCCAAGCAGCGUAAUUAGGCGUUUGGUGGGGCGACGGCGCAUGGGACAUCGUGACGGACGGCGAUCGGGGCGAUGCCGACACAGGUAGCGGGCAGAGGAUCACCAGCAUGAUGAAACGGCACCAGUUGCCGGCCUGGUUGCUGCGCGGCUCCGCGGGCGAACGAGCGCGCGCAUCAGGAGCGACAAGACUCAGAAGAAGAUGAACAACACGCAGAUAUUCGAGCCCGCAACGCUCCUCUCGAAGAUGAAAUCCUUCGAGUUGCCACAUCGUGCACCGCCCGCGCAUCGGCUUGAGCGAGGCGGCGAGAUCCGAACUGUGUCUAUGCGAGGGGUCGGAGCAACUUGGACAGGCGGCCUGCACGCGGAGCCUAUCGCGAUGUCCUUCAAGGACGCCUCCGCGCAGGAAGCGCUGCCCGCGCUGAAUUUCAAUAUCAACGACGCCGAGCGCUCCACAGAUAAGAGUGCCAACAUGCUGUGGGAGGUGUUUGAGCGGCUCAAGUCAGUUGCACAGGCAUGCUCUGUCGCCGCGGUCGACGCGAGCCUGCGCGACUGCACAUUGCAGUUCCUCCAGAUCCACACCAUGGCCCAGAAGCCCGCAGGGUGGGUGGGCGGACGUAGUCCCGCGCGCGGGUUCCGAGCAUAA